CCACAUAUGGUUGCCGGACCUGCCACGUGCUAUCGAUAAGAGGAAGAGACAGAAGAAGAAGAGAGAAAUGGGUGGAAAGACAAAACAAGCACCGCGCACCAAAAAUAAUGCAAAGCCCUCGAGCAGCAGCCGAACCGCCGAGCUUCUGGGCAGUUCCACGCCAAUUUUCGUGGGCUUCUCGGCGCAGACGGACGGCGGUGGCCUGGUGCCAUUUGCUCCGGGAUUUGCCAGCGCCGAACAAAUGCCGGACAGCUUUGACGCGGCCAUCAGUCCGCAAACUCAGAUCAUCUUGCGAAAGCUGUCCAAAAAGGACCCUAUGACGAAGAAGAAGGCGCUGCAGGAGCUGCACGAACUGAUCGAGCGGUCGGACUUGGAGGUCCUGAAAAACAUUCUGCCGCUGUGGCCCAAGUACUACCUAAAUUUGGCUAGCGAUCCGGAGCACACUGUUCGCGAACUAACACAGACUGUGUUGCAAUUACUCAUGGCUAAGUGCAAAAAGGCGAUGGCCCCAUACCUUAAGUUGCUUGUGCCCGUUUGGUUGAGCAGCCGCUUUGAUACCUACGCUCCGGCUGCCAGCAUUGCGAGUCAAUCCUUUCGAGACACCUUUGCUGGCAACGCCAACCGAAGUCGGGAAGUCUGCAUGCACUGUCAGGUGGAAAUUUUGGAGUACGCCACACGUAAUCUGACCUUCCACACAGCUGCUACUCUGUCGAUCGGGAAAAGUCUCACUCCGGAGGAGUCGGAACAGAAGUACCAGCGCGUUAUCAUCAGUAGUCUCAAGUUGUUGUCCUUCUUCAUGGAGCAAACUGCGCAGACGGAGGAGCUCAGCCAGGUCAAGGAAGGCUUCGGCACCCUGGUGGCACACCAGAAGUUCUGGAGCUUCGCCAAGCAUAAAGUGCCUCCCAUAAAAGCCGCCUGGUUUGAGUGCAUCUAUCACAUCUUGCAAUCAGUUGCUCUUUUGGACGUUAUCACGCCUCAGAAGACGCAGCUGACUACCCUUUGCUUCCAGUUUAUUGACGAUGCUGAUCCCGUGGUGGCUCCUCACAUUUGGGGGUGCGUUCUGCUUCUACAAAAUAACUAUGAAGAUUGGUUUGUUCCACUCAACAUUCGCAAGACUCUUCUCCCCAAACUUUCGUCUUUGUUUCAUAAUGGUUUCAAUCGCAACGCCCAGGCCAUCUGUCCUAAUCUGCUGCCAUUUUUGUCGAAAGUUACACCAGCAUCCCUUCAAGACCUGGAUAUCUACGAUUUCUAUCAGCGCUUCUUUGACGACAUGAAGGUGGCAGUCACUAAAAAAUUCGAUCCCCCGCUAUCCAAAUCCGAUUGUAUUGUGAUACACAAUGCCUAUUUUGAGUGUCUACGCUUUUUGCUGCAGCAGAUAAACAACAACAAAGAGCGAGAGCAGAAGGAGGAGGAAUUUUCCACUAGCCUACUCAAUACCAACGUACUUGAACCAAUUGGCUGGCUGCUCAAAAGCGAUAGUGCGCAUGUUAAAAUCUUCUUCCAGCACAGUUCUGCACUUGUGGCCUUUUGGGAUCGUCAGAUUAAUAAUAGAUUGGAUAAUGGUGGCCUAUAUGCCAAGUUGCUAAACCAGUUUUGGACACGCAUCUUUGAGCUGGUCACCCAAGACCUUUCUGCCGAGGAAGUUAAUGAGCAACUGCUCGGACAUGUCCUGCUUUUAGUGCAGGAUCUGCACAUGGCUAAUCCAAGCCUGGAGUCGCCAAGUGUGAAAUUUGUGGAGGAGCCAGGCGGAAAAGUAGAGAAGAGCGAGCCUACAACACCAGUUAAAAAGGCUCAAGAAGCUGCUGCUUUUAUACAAAAGGAAUUAAAACAGUUGGUUAUAAAGUUAGUGAGGAUAUGCCUGGAUAAGGCAAAUAUCAGUGGAAGUGGUACCUCAAUCUCGCGUUACAUAGAACAAAUUCGAACGCUUACCAAAAUGUUUAACGAUGCCGAGUUCUACAAAAAUCUAACUGAUGAUAUGGACCUAGAGUCAGCGUUAAAUAAAUUUGUGUCAUUGCUAGGGCAAUUAAGUUAUGACGCUUGUGAAUCUCUGGUGGAUAUAUUGUUUGAAAUCCUGCCGCUGCUAGAGACUGGGCAACGCUUUGAAUAUAUUGAAAACACCCUUAUGAAGCUUCCACAGCAUGGCGUGCAAAACCUUUUGCUCCAUCGUCUACUUUCUUAUCCCCUAUGCACCGAGCCCGUAGUGAGGCAGAUGCUCAGUGGUCCGGAAACUUGUGCAAUGAUUGCGCGGAUUGCCGAGGAGGUAGUUGUAGACAAUGAUCGAGAAAAGCUGAAUUUGCUUCACAAGUGCUUUUUCCAAACUGACACGGGAGACAUACUCAUUAAUGCUAAUACUGUGGAUAAAAUACUGCUGUCCAUGUGUGGACCCUUAGAGCAACCGGUUGUGGAUGACGCGGUAGAAGUGUGUGGCAGUUUUAUUGCCCAGAUAAUGCCUGUGAUUUGCAGCAACAAUAACUCCUCGCUGUGCGUGCGCCAACAGAUCUUCCUUAAGCUGUUCAAAUUCAGUUUGGAGCAUCGACCAGAGGAUUAUCUUUCGGAGGAUACUCUGUGGGAAAUUACCACUUGCUGGCAGGAUGGACUUUCAAGUAAAGACAUCGAAAUCGAUGAUAAAUUGCUUAAGUGUUGUGCUGGGAUUGUUGAGGAACUGGCUAAUUCAGCAGAACCUAAACCGGAUGCUUUGGAUGGAAUGGCAGAGGCGAUGGCCAAAUUUGUUAUUUGCUCAACGGAAAAUAUUGAAGAUGAGAAAAAGCGCUUGGAGCGAAUUGAUGAAACUAUAGCUGCUCUUCUAGAUUCGCCGCUAAAAACAUCUGAAAAGGUUAAGCAGUUUGAGAACCAUUGUGUACUCCUAAAAGCCUUGCAAGGAUCUGUGACUGCAGGAGUUCCCUUCGAAAACGCUUGCCUCUCAAGGCAUGAAAUACUAAAAUUACUUCAACGUUCCACGCUUAACUUUUCAACAAUCUACAAACUCGUCUAUCAGUUCCCACCACCUCAAGACACCAACGACCCAGAAGAUGAGUUGACCGAGGACUACUGUGAUCCAAAUGCUGAUGUGCUCAAAGAAUGGAACGAACCCUUAAUUUCAGAGCUUUUACAGUGCAUUCGAGUGGCUGGAACAGCAGAAUGCUGGUUGGAAAUGUCAGACUUGCAAUCGUCGACAGAGGAGCUAGUGCUGAUCCUUUCAGAAAAAGUGCAAAGCUUUAUGGGCAACAGCAGUGAUCUGGUUGCAAUAGUCAAAGAGCGACUUCAGCAAGCUGCUGUGCAGCAAUCUAGCGUAAUUGACUGCCGUCUUUUGAGUUAUUUUAGAUUUUGCCCACAGUAUGCGGCUUUCGAAGAAAGUGCCUCCAUUUUGUUACAUGAAGACUUGUCCGAGAAUCUGGUGACGCAGGGCGCCCUCAAGACUUAUGUUAUAGCCCUACAGUUUCUUUUGCCGAAACUGUCUCAAAAAGCCAUCACUCUUAGUUCGGCGGUUAUGAGAACAGAACCGCCUGAAAUUUGGGUUAAAGCAGCAGUUUUCCAUGCCCUACUAUUAAACAAUUUUGAAGGUGAUGUGAAUGAGCAAAUGGAUCGCAAUAUUAUUGUAUCAGCCGUACAGUUUAUGACCAGCAUAGGAGAAAAGCAAGCCAUCCAGAAGGAUUUACUCCAUUAUAAUGUAGAAAUUCAAAGGCAACCCUACGAAUCAGUUAUAAAUACAGUGGAGUUCAUAAAGCUUUUAACUGAAGUUUUAAAACGUUUUCCGUACGAACUGAGCAUAAAGAACUGGGACGCCAUCCGCAUUGGUCUUAGUUCUUGGGUGCUUUCUGUUUCCAAAUCUGUAGCCCAAUACAAAGACCCGAAGACUUCGCUGUUUGUUGCGGCUGUUUAUCAAUUGUUUGCCGCAUUGAUUGAGUUUAUACGCUCCGAGAAGCAAAAGAGUUCCACGGAAUUACUCAAAAACAUGAUCGAUGAAUGGGACUCUUUGUUUGCCAAGGAAGUCAAUGUAGUGCUCUUUAAGUCAUUUUACCUAUUGACCCAUGAGACAAGUGUGGAGCCUGGAUAUCAGGCGUGUUAUGAGGCCUUAUUGGAACGAAUAACACCGGCUAUAGAGCUCCUGGACUACAGCUUUGUGUACUCGUUCUGCAAGUCCAAUAGUAACAUCACCUUGGACCAUCUGUGCAAUUUCCUGUUCAAGCAGCUUUAUAGUAUUCAGCACUCGGUUCGAUUAAGUGCUGUACACUCACUUCGCCAAUUAACGCCACACUUUGUGGCGGACGACAUAGAGCUGAAUGAGAAACAAAGCGAGAGUCUAGACGCCAGCACAACGAUUUCCAAGUGGCACUUCCUUAAUCGGUUUGAGGACUACCUAACGCGGUACGAUGCCCUGAUAAGAAGAUACCUGGAAGAGUUUACUUUCAAGCUAUCCGAGCUGGAUGAUCUUGAACCCAUUGACAAACACAAUGCACUGAGUUAUCUCUACUUAUGGGAUUGUAUAAUCAAUGCUUGCGCUAAAUCUCCGGUUGCAUUGCGCGCUGUUUACACCAAUUGGUUGAAUGAUAACAAAUACGAAGAGGUUGGCAACAAUACAUUAAAUUUACUAUUCAUUUCAAAUUUACACUUUAAUUUGUUCGCUUCACAGAAUUUUCUACACUUCCUUUUCCGCGCAAUGCCCGUCGAUAUACUGAAGAAUCACGGGGCCAAGGUGCACAGCAACGGCGUUUACAAAGAGCUCACGUGGUCUCAGCAAAAGGAUCGACAGCUACCCCUGGAGCGAUAUGUCUGCCACUUGUACACGGAGGUGCUCCGCAAGCUGCCUGCCGUGGUGCGCAGGUGGUGGAACACCACUCAGUCCAGGCAAAAGAACUUCAUAGACAACCUGACCACAAACUACGUGAGUUCUCUGAUUUGCAGCGAGGAGCUCAAGGCGAUCGCCAAUCGAAAGGAAAAGCACGAGAAUAUGCAGGUUACCGUUCACUCCUCCACCCGCGAAGUGCUAGCGGUCUACGCAAUCGAUGAGGCCCGCAUGGAACUUGUCAUAACGCUGGCCCCGAAUUAUCCACUGGGAGCUGUUAAGGUCGAGUGCGGCAAGCAGAUCGGCGGACGGGCUUCCUCCCGAAACGUGGGAAUGCAGUUGACCAUCUUCCUGACACACCAGAAUGGCACCAUAUACGAUGGCCUAACUAUGUGGAAAAACAACUUGGACAAAAAGUUCGAGGGCGUUGAGGAGUGCUAUGUAUGCUAUACUGUCAUCCACCAGGACACUUGCCAGCUACCCAAACUCACGUGUAAAACGUGCAAGAAGAAAUUCCACGGACCUUGUUUGUAUAAGUGGUUCACCACCAGCAGCAAGUCCACCUGCCCCAUUUGCCGCAACGUCUUCUAGAUGUGUGUAUAUAUCAUUUAUCAUUUUAGCAACACGUAUUAAGCAAAAGGCACAACCAAACCAUUUGAUAUAGGAAAUAGUUUUCUGGUCUCUCAUAUUGUAAAUCAGCAAUAUUAAUAAAUCUUACAAUGUUUUAAUGUUCUUAAUGAAA